AAAAGAGCAAAGUAGAGCGCCACGUCACGUCACGCAAAGUGUGAGUGUGUUGUACGUGAGACAGACAGACAGAAAGAAAGAAAGAAAGAAAGAAAGAAAGAGUCGGUGAAUUUAAAAUUAUUUCAGGCCUGAUUGACUUUUAAAAAGGCGACAAGAAAGAAGCGGACAGAAGUGAAAGUUCAGAGGAAGGAGAGGAAAAGCAGCUCCUGCUAAAAUUCUCUAAAAAGCCACAAUGAGCAAAAGAGAUGAGCCACAGCAUGAUGAGCCUGCAUACUUAAAGGAUGAACCUCCAGCAGAUACGAAUAAAGACCACCCACAGGCUCAGCCAGGCAUGUUUUCCAGAGUGACGGGAGGUCUCUUCAGUGUCACCAAGGGGGCUGUUGGAGCCACUGUUGGUGGGGUGGCCUGGAUCGGAGGGAAGAGCUUGGACCUCACUAAGACCGCUGUCACCUCUGUUGCUGCUGUUCCUGGCAUGGGAGUAGGAUUGGUGAGAGGGGGCGUAACAGCAGUGGCUGGCGGAGUAACUGCAGUUGGCUCAGCAGUUGCUAACAAAGUUCCCAUUGGAGGGGCCAAGAAGAAGGACAAGUCUGAUUGAAAUGGCUGAAUUGUUGGGAGAGAUGCUGUCAUCUGUGACUUUAUUAUAUGACUCCUCAUUGGGUUGACGGUUGGUUUGAUAUUCUGCAAAACGUUUUGUUGGGACCAGAUAUGUCUAGAUCUGAUCUAUGAAUGAGCGACUUCAGUGUACUAAGGAGCAUCCAUCUGCUUGUCAUAAGAGGCUGUUUUUGUGUCCUAGGUUGUAUGUUUUGGAACGUGACAAGGUGAGAAUGUUGUGAUCCCAGUUAGGGCAAAAUGUUUUUAUUUUUGAAGUAUUAGUGAAAGUUUGGAGACUUGGGUAUUAAUGAGGGACCACUAUAACAUUGUCAUGUUUUGCUAAGCCACAUUGGACCAGGUUUUGUAUCUUUGACCAGAAACUAGGUACCAUGCAUAUCUUUGUAGCAGAGACUUCGAGAAAAUUAAGACAGGCAUCACUUGGGUAUCCCUCAGUGUACUGCAGGAGAAAAUCCGAGACUGGUGGGCUGAUAGUAAUGCUUCAUCUCUCUGAUACAGCCUCUGGGGUCCGGACUGAGCCUUGCUGUCCUUUCAUACAGCUUUGCUCAUCAGUCUCUCUCUUUUCCACUUGCAGUACUUUGCAAAGAAGCCUUGAGCCUCCAGCCACAAACAAAUGUGUUUACUCUGUACCAAAACAACAGCUAAGGAGUUUUUCAUGUGAAAACUGAAUGCUGGUAGCAAACAUUCCUGAGCAACACCGUAAUAUUGUUCAGUGUAAUAUCUGUUUAGGUUUGAUUAUAACGUAUGAUAAAGACUGGGCCAUUUUUCUACUCUAGCCUUGCAGUGAAGAAUGUAACCUAUAAAGGAUAGUAUGUUUAAUUAUACAUGUUUUAUUUAUCUUAAAGCCUUCUUUCCAAUGGCUUUCAAAUUUUGUCUUGUCCAUUUCAUAAGGAGAUUUUCCCAGGCUAAUACCGCAGUACAUUUUUAUAUUAUGACAAUUUAUAAAUGAACAGUAUUUUCUCAAAUAUGUGCUCUAAAUCUUUAUUUUCCUACAACCAAAGAAUGCAAGAUGCUCAGUCAAUGUAGGUCCUCUCUUUAAUUAGCAAUUUUUUCUUUUUCUUUUGUUUCUUUGUUUCUUUUUUAGAUUUUAUCAAUGUAAGUGUAUUCAUUUUACACACAAAUAUGUAAGUCUGUGCUUGAAUAUAUAAUGUGAAUUAAAUAAAGUAAUAGGAUUCAACA